AUCAGAUUAUUUUUGGUAGAGCUAAGCAAAAUUUCGCUCUCACAUUCAUGCACCGUUACUCGCUGCGGUUAGUUAGUACACUGUUCGCUGUGUCGAGUUUGUUUUGCUUGAAAUAGAUAAAUAUUAAUAAACACAAAAAUACAAUCAAAUGGAGCUUUUGUCGAAAGAGCGUGUGGAAAUGCGCAAGCAUCUGAAAAAGGUGCUCAGCCCAAAGGAAAAACCCUUCGAUGGCCUACGUGCACGUACCGUUGUUUUGCUCACACAUCGCAUUGAUGGCGCUAAAGUGUUCUUCAAAAUGACUCAUAAAGAACCUCUACGCCACAAUCGUUUUGUAGCAUGGAAGUACUGUAAUCUCAUGCAUAUGGCUAUGCGAUAUGGUUCACCGUUAAUACUCGAGAUGUUGGCACAGGUGCAACAACAGAAAAUCCUUCAUGAAGUAGCUGAUUAUUGGACAUAUCACAGUGAUGCGAUAUCUGUGUGUAUAGUGAAAUAUUUGAAAUUGUUGUUGCACAAAUUAAGUUUCCAACGCAAUUACUGCUUCUUCAAUGGUGCGCUGGAGGCGGACAUUACCAAAGAUUGGAAUGUGGAUUUGUGCUACCAAUUGUGCACUGACAUCUUUGAUUACUUGGAUAAUUUGCUCUGCUUGCAGCAGGCCAUCUUCACCAGCUUCACACUGCAACAACUCAUGCGCGCCACGCCAGAAUCGCUCUGCCGCUUGCAACCGCUCAUUAACAUCGCCGCCGAGUGUAGCAUUCUGUAUGAUCAAGCGGUGAAUGCCAUGGCUGUGGUUUGUGGCAAAUUGCCACCUGUCGAUGUACUGGGUUUAUGCAAUCGCUUCUAUUCGCUUUAUCAGCUAUUGCGUGGCUUUUACAGUUCAUUGCAGCAGGUGAAAAUCCUAUUGAAAAUGGAAUAUAUACCGGAGUUGUCUACCGAAGUGCCGGACUUCUUGGCUUAUAGCAGUAGUCGUGUUGUGUGUGACGGACAGCCGACUGCACCGGCCGCAUGGCAGUUGGAUGAUUUUUGAGAUAUAACGACAUCAGGCGGCAUUUGUUGGCGGAAGAAGAAGGUGGAGAGAGGCAGAAAUGUUUUAAGCAAAAUAUUGUGAUCAUUGUGCAUAUGCAUAUACCUUUUUAGUACUAUUUAGUAUUAGAUUAGAUAAGAAAUUUAUUUCCAUUAGAUAAUGUGCUAUUGUAUAUAAAAUAUGUUAGUCCGAAAAGAAAAUAUUAAAGU